AUGGCAGCCUCUCCCUUUCAAACAGAAGCCUGGAUAGAAUAUGGUCUUGGAACAUUGGUUCUACUCCUACGAUACUUUGCAAGAUGGAAAACAGUGGGCUUCAAGGGAUAUCAAGGAGAUGAUUACUUUGCUCUUGUAGCGUUGAUCUUCUGGACAGCAGAGUUGGUCAUGUUGGAACUCAUCGGUCAAUCCGGCACCAACAUUGGCGUUACCGACGAGAUGGGCGCCAACAUGUCGGCUGCAGAAAUCGCCAAGCGAGAAUUCGGCUCCAAGUGCCUCCUUGCAGGAUGGAACUUUUACGUUACUCUAAUCUUUUGCUUGAAGGGAGUUAUGCUUUGUCUAUACGGCCGCAUGACACUUGGUCUCUGGCAGAGAAAGAUUGUCAUCUGGACACAGGUCGGAACAAUUCUCGCUUACCUCAGUGUCCUUGCUGCCAUCUGGGGUCAUUGCACACCUGUUGAGAAGAACUGGCAGAUUUAUCCCAACCCUGGUGAUGCUUGCACACUCGCUGUUGCCAACUACCUCACCUUGGUUGUCUUUAAUGUUGUAACCGACAUCUUCAUUGUUGCUAUCCCCGUCCCUCUACUAUGGGCAGUCAAACUUAGCGUUAAACGAAAGAUGUUGAUCGGCGUUCUCCUUUGUUCUGGUGUUUUCAUCAUCAUUGCAACACUACUUCGCUGCAUCUUUUCUCUCCAGGACAUCAAUGGUAUCAACACCUCGACUAUCUGGGCCAUCCGAGAAACCUUUGUCGCCAUCAUCGCUGUCAACGCCGCCGCUAUAAAACCUCUCUUCUCCGCCUCCAAGUGGCUCGUCUCCAGCAAGGGAAGCAGUCGCGACAAGGGAGGCAGCAGCUACGUCCACAAGCAUGGCCACGCUCUGGCGACUAUCGGAGGCUCUGGAAUCACUGGAAGCUCGGCGAACCGACACCAAAACAAGAAGUACUUGGCGCAUCUCGACGAUAACUCGAGCGAGGAACACAUCGUUGGAAAGCCAGAGUUUGUUUCAUACAACAAGAAUGAGGUUAGAGCUGGAAGUACGGCAAGUGAACGAAGCGACGCUCAGGAUGGCAUUAUGGUCACCCGAACAUACGAGGUUUCACCUGGAAAGUCGACUCUGGACGUGUAA